AGCACGUGCUUCCUUGUUGAGACUUCGAUGUGUCAAAAUGCUUGUUUCAAACUCUUUCAUUUUCACUGUUUUCAUAGUGAAUUUCGGUUUAUCGACUCAUGCCUUCGAUUGUAAUGUAAAUGGUUGUUUUAGAGGACCAAAAGAUGAUUAUCUUCGUCAGAGAACUGAUCUGAUAAUUGAGGAAAUUUCAAUGAAAAUUGGGUCAGAUCUUCGACUGUCGUCUGCUGAAGAAAAAAUUAAUGAAAUGCUUAUGCAGUACAAAUCCAAUGAGAUUUCCUCAGCUAUGACAACUAACCUGUUUCCCCCUGCUAUGCACUUUUUCCAUGCAAAGGGACUGAUUGAGAAUAGCCAAGUUUAUCGAAUGAUCAAGUCCAUGCCAAAAGGUGGUGCUCUUCAUCUUCAUGAUACAUCACUAGUUGAUGCCAACUGGUUGAUAAAAAAUGUGACUUACCGCCCUCAUUGCUAUGUGUGUUUCAACUCAAACUCCGGAACACAGCGGAUGAAGUUUUUCAAGGUGGCACCAUCUGACCCAGAUUGUCCUUGGCAACUUGUAUCCAAUGUUCGUGCAUCUUAUCCGACUACUGCAGCCUAUGAUGAAGACCUUUAUCACAAUAUGACUCUCGUGACUUCCAACCCACAGCAGGCAUACCCAAAUGAAGCAACAGCAUGGAAAGUCUUCGAUUCACGUUUCAGCGUCAUCACAGAACUUAUUAUGUACAAAGAUGUGUUCCAAGAUUAUUUCUAUGAGGCCUUGAGUGAAUUCUAUGCAGAUGCUGUCCAGUUUGUUGAAGUGCGGUGCUUGUUGGCUCCACUGGUGUAUGAUCUGGAUGGGAAAUUGUAUGAUGAAGACUGGAUGAUCCAGGCUUAUGAAGAUGUAAACAGGAAGUUUGUAACCGACCACCCUGAUUUCUCGGGAUCACAAAUUAUUUUCUCUGCUAUAAGGUCUCAGGACAAAUCAGACAUUGCAUCAAAAGUAAAACAAGCUGUAGAAUUUCGCCAGAAAUAUCCCGAUUUUGUGGCGGGUUUUGACCUGGUUGCUUGGGAGCAGCGAGGAAAACCUCUCAUCGACUUUCUUGAUGAUUUACUCUAUCCGUCACAAUUGAAACCGCCCGUGAAUCUUCCAUACUUCUUCCAUGCUGGGGAAACUGAUUGGGAUGGGACCUCAGUUGACUACAACCUCUAUGAUGCUGUCUUGCUCAACUGCUCAAGAAUCGGCCAUGGCUAUGCUGUGGUGAAACACCCCAAGAUACUCAAGAUGCUGAAGGAGAAGGACAUCCCUAUUGAAGUGAAUCCUAUUUCCAAUCAGGUACUGCACCUCGUUGAUGAUCUACGGAACCACCCUGCUGCCUUCCUCAUCGCAAACAACUACUCCAUUGUGGUCAGUUCCGACGAUCCUGGUAUAUGGGGUUCUGACCCCCUGUCACAUGAUUUUUAUGAAAUUUUCAUGGGUUCAGCUGGUGCUAAGGGUGACCUUCGGUUCCUGAAGCAACUAGCUAUCAAUUCAAUCAGGUAUAGCUCAAUGUUGCAAGAAAAAAAGGUGGCUGCGUACAAGCUCUGGACAAAAAAAUGGAUGCAGUGGAUAACUGCAACACUCAAACAAUUUGGGACAUAUCGUUAUAAGCUCUAGGAAGUCAUGGAUUAGAUCAUGUUCAUGAUGUUACACAUUCUAUUCAUUGGCACUGCAGAAUGAGACUAGAUUUUGACCUUAUCAUGUAGUAAUAAUCAGAUACUUUGCAUUAGAAUUGUCAUGAUUCUCCAUUACAUUUCAUUCCAUGUGAGAAAUUCUGGAAAUUAAGCCUUGAAAAUGAUGUUUUCGGUCAACUUUUUUAACCCAGACACUCAUCAGAAGAAAUGGCAGAAGUUUUGUCAAAUAGAAUUAGGAUGGAAUUGAUUUGGGUUAUUCAAUAAGAAGUACUCUUAAACCCACUGAGUUCAUAAUAGUUGUCAAUCUGGUUUCACUGAUUUUCUUUGGCUCAUCAUGGAAUUAAAAUUUAUUGUCAUGAUUGAGGACAAUGAUGUUUGUCUAAAAAUGCAAUCUCUGACAAGACAUUUUUGUCUAAAUAAACUGGAAUUGAAUAUAAGUUAUAGAAUUGUAGAAUUGUAGAAGAGUUAAUAUGGUGCUUUUUGGAGCUCAUCAUCACGUCAGGAACUAGGAUGGGUUUCAUGAAAAGUCUUGAUAAUCAUUAUGUGUAGGAUCAAAUUAUCAUUUUCUUUAUACUUUUUACAGCAAGACUUAAAUGUUUUAAACUCUCUCCAUCCAUGCCAUACAUUAAAGCAUUCCAAUCAUCGCUUAAUCAAAACGUUUUCAGCUGUUAUAACAAUUCAAGCAAAUGUAAAUUUACAGACAUGAAAUUCUAUCUAGCAUUGUCGACAAAACCGUGACAUUUUCCUAGAAAUAUUUGUUUAACUUCUGUUUGAUUUUUGAAUUUUGAAUUUAGGAACUAAUCACUACAUCACCUGAUGAAUUAUUUGCCAGCAAAACUACCGGUAAAUGUAAUCAAAUACUUGUCAAUGAUUCUUCGUUUCGGCAUGAAACGGCCUGGAUUUGGAAAAGAAACCUAAAACUGAUCUAAGCUUACCUUAUUGUAAUUAUUCAUUUGACAUUUUGAUGACAUUCUUAAACAUUUUUGUCGCCAUUUGGAUCAAUGGUUUUACAGUCAAUUGAAUUAUUAAUGACUUGGUGAGCUACAUUACAGAAUUGGUGAUGAACUGGUGUUGUUUAUCAUAAACUUAACGAAAUCAUAUCCCAGGCAGGCGAUCAUUUACUAUAAUAAUGACUGACAGAUUUUCCUGUAGCUAUGAUAAGUGUUGGCUUUAUCAGCUGUUUUACAUGCGACGAAAUGUAAGGGUGGGUAAGAGGAUUCUAAGCAACAGAUAUUAGUUGAAUUAGCAAUUUUUUAUCAGAACUUAAUUUACUGACAACUUAUAUUAUAUAACCUUAGGCAGAUAGAAAAUUUUCCAAAAAAAGUUAGACAUGGUGCUUCAUCUACUCUAUCAUCGAGACGGUAUGCCGAUGAAGUUUGGUGUGACGUUCUUUUAAUUCACUCACAUUAAAAGGCAGGUUUUUUCUUGUUUAAAAAAGCCCCAAGGUCUAUAAAGAUUUUACUGAUGUAAUUACAAUGUAAAUGUUGAGUAUUCCGAUAACAUUAUAUGGCUUGAAGCAUUUAUCAAAAACUAGAAAUGAGCAGAAACAAAAUUGUGACAAGCGGUUCAGUUGUUUUAUACUAAGCCUUUGCCGGUGUGUUGACUGCACUAAUGUUGGGAGGUUAUCAUGAAUUUGUGAUUUCUCAACAGAUGUAUGUAAUUUUCAAUAAUUAGUUUAUAAUUUCAGAAGAUAAUGUUUUGUUAUAUCAUCAUCAUGAUUGAAAACAUGUGUUGUUCACUUCACAUAUCAAUCCAUGUAAUCAGAAAUCAGAAAUAAACUUGGAUCUCAGAUUGUAUGAUUAUUAGCAAACCAUUGUCUGAUUGAAAAUCUGUGUUCAGGUAGUAUGUUCUCUGAGAAUGGCCAAAACACUUGUUGCUAUUGAGGCUUAUGUCUGAGAAACAGUCUGCCAUUCUCUGAUCAUUCUCUAGGAGUCUGCUUGACAUAGCUGUUAACCUAACCAACUGGCAUUAGAUUUUCACAAGUGUCAUUCCACCCAAGGUCACCCCUAUGAGCAUGACGAGAAAUCAAAGACCGGGUUAUCCAACACCACCACUUAUCCCUAACUCAAUAAGAAGUAGUUGGCAGACUUCUGGUCUUUCACUGCUACAGUCAAAAAGUUAUUCCUUGGCUACUGUUUCUUGAGGGGAUAUUGGCAUACCUCUUGCCUUGACGGUUUCCCGAUUGACGCAUUUGCAAUGACAUAAUAACAUUUCUUGAUGAAACCUCAUGCAAUGUGGAUGAUGGAAACAUGAUAAGGAAUUGUUUAGCCAUUGACUCCAGGCUCUUGUACUGGUUUGUGUUCCACAACUUUGUUAGCACAUUCUGGAAAUUCUAGGUUGCAUUGCAAUUUGAUGCCACUGUAUGACAUAAUGUGGCUUGAGUUGAUGAACUAUUGCCUUUGGAUUUUCACACACUGUAUGCAGACAAACCAUUGCCUUUUCCUUAAUGAUAUAAUUUUGACUUUUUGAAGAAAUUUGUCUGUUCAUUUCCAUUUGGUUGAUGUUAACAGUCCAUUAAACAUCAAAUCCAUGGAGAUAGAACCUCGUAAUUUCACCAAUUCUUUGCAACAUUCAUGAUUUCUGCAGUAAUUGUGACAACAAUUUGGUGCGUUUGGGAUAAAUUGUGAGGAAAUGUGAAAACUUUUUGAUGAUCUUAUGAGAUGACUGAGAUAUCACCUUUUUAACAUAAGCCUUUAUAGUGAACAUGGUGAAAGUGCAGAGUGCUACUAAUGUAAUGCCCAUCAAAUUACUGCUAAACCUGUUAAACUUGAGACUUCCAUCAAAUUGCUUCCAAAUCCUCUUUGCCUAGUCAUAUCUAUUGAUUUUGCUAUCCAGCUUUAAAGUGGUGAUAAUUUGCUUGUUAGGAACAUUUCCAGUCUGUGAUAUGCGAGUUGGUUACUGUAAAAUUUAAUUUGUCUUUCAUAUGAGUGAUUGAUUUAAUCGUAUUAGGCAGUUUCAUCGAAACAGUCUUGACAUUUCUAGAUAGACGGCCUUUAACCAUCUUUGUGAAGCAGACAAGCAGACAUAAAGGAUUCAGGUAUCAUGAAUUGAAUUCGAUUGGAGAAAGUUGCAUUUCCAAGCUGAAAAGAGUCACUAUUGGCUCAGCCUUAUCAUUGUGUUUACAUUUGAAUCAUGUAUAGAAAUUGUUGCAAUCUUUUAACCUUAGGCUGACAGGUGUUUUUGUUCAGCCAUCUAGCCCCAGAUCCACAACUUUCAUUUGACACUUUCACCUCAAUUUUAUGAUGUGUUCUUCAUCAUGUUUAUGACAUCUAUAAUUGUCAUUGCUGACUUGAAUAUUGUUAGCAUGUGGUGUAGCCUUCAAAUUAAAUUUAGUCGCUGUUGAUUGGAAUUUAUGCCAGCUUCUAAACUCAUGAGAGGGAUGGUUCAACAACCAGUGAGCAAUCAUUAUACGGCUUCAAUCGGCAACUUUCCAAUCUCCUUCAUCAAUUCAAUCUCAGUUUAAUUCCUUGCACCAAUCCCCAAGUUCAUAUCGAUUUCAAGACUCUAUCUUCUCCAAUUUUGAAAUGGACAAGGUCUUACGAUGGAUACAAGUGAUAUUACUAUCAAUUUAUGGCGCGAGAUUACAAGCCAACAUGAUCAAAGUGGUACUAUUGAAUCAAACGACGUUCAAUGGAUCACUAACGCAGGUUAAUCAAUGUAUGGAUCUUCUUGUGUGAAGAACUUCUGCAUCAUAUUCAAGAUCGGCGAAAUCGUAUUUUCUGGCGCCAAUGUGAAUAUUGGCAAGCUCUUUCUCACUGAUUAAGGUUGAUACUACUGUAGAACCUCUCUAUUAAGAACACCCUCGGAACUGACAAAUGAUGUCUUUUAAAGGGAGGUUUCCUGAUUAGAUGUCAAAAUCAAUGAAGACAACCAAUUUGGGAACAUAACAAGUGUCCUUAAUAGAGAGGGUGUCCUUAUUAGAGGUAUCCGCUAAGGGAGGUUCCACUCUAUUUACAUAAUGAGCUAUUAACAGCAGUUGCAUAUCCUAGGGGCAUAUAAACAUACUGUUACCUUGACCGAGGAGGUUCAUGUAUGUGGCAAGCAACCCUCGGCCUCUUGGGAGCAUAAUCAUAAAUCUCAUUGUUCUUCUUAUCAGCAUGCAACAUUUCUCUAUUACUGGGUUUUGUGGUGCUCAUUAAGAGAACUUUUUACCCCUUUGCUAUUAAUUAGGACUUGAUUAAUCUUAUUGUGUGGGACAGAGCCAAGAAAAUGACAUCUAUAAUCACAUCCGUCAAUCAUCUCCAUUGCAUGGUGAGCUUGGCUAUUGCAUGGUGAGCUUGGCUAUUGCAUGUUGGUGGGCACUAAUUGAUCUGCGUUUUUGUCAAAGUAGCACUAGCUGAGAAGUCACUGCUAACAGCCUCUAACCAAAGUCAGAUCGAAAAAUGCCGAAGUUUUUUCAAAGAGCCACUGUGCUGCCAAAUCAACAUUUUGACUUACGAGGUUUUGAUUCAUGAACUCAUAUAGAUAUUGAAGUUUAUAAAGGUACUAAAUGUCAAAGCAAGGUUUCAGGUCUGCUCAUACCUGCCACUUGUGCUGGCUUUGCAAACAUCCAUUUUGGUAACUACUUAGUGAAGUGGGUCAAAGACACAUUCCUCUGCAUUUGGGCAAAAUGUACAAAGUAUAGAAAAACACUAAGUUCUAUAAAAUUGCAAGCAAACAAAUUCUCUUUAUCAACUGUGAACCUUUACAUUGCAUAUACAUACGUUUUAUAUCUACAUAUUUGUUUUGAACUAAUUGACAGGUUAGCAUAUUCUAUACUUUCAAAUUUUUGUCUUGGCUGACAAAAACAUAUCACAAGAGCUUACGUACUGCCAUGCUAAAAAGUAUUUUGUUCUGAAAAUUUUCCCAGUCGUCAAAACCUAAAAGAUGCUACACUGAACAAUAAAAUACUUCUCUAAAAUGUCAGUAUUUGAGUCAUUGAAAAACAGAAAAGAUACUGAUAAUAGCUAAUUGCUUCACUGCAGAAACAAAAUCCUUUGUACUUUCUUUGACUAUAUCUUUGCAUUUCUGUCUGAGCAAAAAACAUAUCAUGUUACAUGCAGGUACAGCUGCGCCAAUGUUCCACUGAUUGCUUUUGUACAGGAGCAUAGUAUUAGUACAUGAACACCGCUGUCAGAUACCGUACCUAUUAAAUUUCCAAUCAAAACUAGAUGAUACCAGUACUUAUUACAUACUUAAGACUGUUGAAAAUGAAUCCUGGAGUUAAUAAUCAGCACUUCUGAUAAUGUGAUAUUAUAAAUGAAGAAAAAAAUCAUGUUCUCCCAGAACACUUGUAAUGUUUAAGGGAUUAUGUGAAAUAAAAUGUCUUCUGUAGUACAUCUCUGAUUUUACGGUCUUAGUCAGAUUGGCAAUACAAGAUCUAAGCAUUUACCAAUGUGUGUAUGUCAAAAGGGCCUCAUAAAGGCCAACUUGUAUCAGUCCUUGAGAAUGCCCCUGGAGUCAGGUCCAGCCCUGUCUUCUUAAGUAACAAUAUCAGUUCAUCACAAGAAGUUCACUGAAAAGUUGAGUUGUGUCUAUUUCAUCGACAGGGGCUUGAAACUGUGGGUUCGGAAUGACUGACAUGGUCCUUGUGCUUGGUGGAUCAUCCAAGAGGCCAGACUCUACAAUGACUUCCCGGAAAGAUAUUGGGUUCAAAAAUGCUGAA